AUGGAUUGGUCAUCAAUCGAAGGAAAUCGAGAAAAAAAGGGACCUGUCACGGAUCUGGAGCUGCUCCAUCACUUUGGUGCCCAUCCUCAUCUUGUCCUCCUCCAGGGAGUCGAGAGAGGGAGGAGGCGCUGCAGUUCGACGGUGAAGGUGAGCGGAGCUCGACGGGCUUGUCUAUUGGGUUUUGGAUCGUGCAACUCGUGUCAAUACGGCGGUCUGCCACCCCGAACGCUGCCGUGCUCUACUGAACGUAGUCUCGCCGUUAAUUCGAUCAAUAAUGUUGUUACGGAGGAUAAUGCUCUUGGCUGGACUUUGCCUUCGCCUCAAAGGAAGCUGCCUCGAAGAGUUUAUAGAAGUAAUGGAUAUCUUCUGUUGUAUUGCAAUGGAGGUCUGAAUCAAAUGCGAGCUGGGAUAAGUGACAUGGUAACCAUUGCCCGCCAUCUAAAUAUGACGCUAGUAGUUCCAGAGCUCGACAAAAGAUCAUUUUGGGCCGAUAAGAGUAAUUUUGAAGAUAUAUUUGAUGUGGAUCACUUCAUUGAUUCACUGAGAGAUGAGGUAAAGAUCAUCAAGAAUCUCCCUAAGAAGCUUAUCAGAGAUAUAGAUAAUAAGAUUGUGAAGGUACAUUCAAUGCCUCCGGUCAGCUGGUCGAAUAUGGCAUACUACUUGAAACAGAUCUUACCGCUUGCAAGGAAGCACAAAGUAGUUCGUUUUCUGAAGACGGAUACUCGUCUUGCAAACAAUGGCCUUCCAGUUGAACUCCAAAAACUUCGUUGUCGUGUCAAUUACGAUGCUCUGAAGUUUAAUCAACAAAUCGAGGCCUUAGGUGAAAGGCUAAUUUCCAUCCUUAAGAAAAAAACCGAGAACUUUGUUGCGCUCCAUUUGCGAUAUGAGAUGGACAUGCUUGCCUUUUCUGGGUGCUCUCACGGAUGCUCUGAAGAAGAAGCUGAAGAAUUGACAAGGAAGAGAUAUUUAGUCGAAUGGUGGAAAGAAAAGGAGAUAGAUCCUGAUGAGAGAAGACUCGAAGGCCGAUGUCCUCUUACUCCUGAGGAGACUGCAUUGAUUUUAAAAGCUCUAGAGUUUGGGAGGGACACUACAAUAUACAUUGCUGCAGGAACAAUCUAUGGUGGUGAAAAGAGAAUGGCUGCUCUGAGGGAUGCAUAUCCUAACACAGUAGACAAGGAGAUGCUAUUAAGUCCAAGUGACUUAGAACCUAUUAGAAGCCAUUCAAAUCAGAUGGCAGCAUUGGACUACUUGGUUUCUCUCGCAAGCGAUGUUUUCGUCCCAACUCACGACGGGAACAUGGCUAAAGUUGUAGAGGGUCAUCGCAGGUAUAAUGGUUUCCGUAAGAGCAUCAUUUUGGACAGGAAAACACUGGUGGAGCAUUUGGAUCUGUAUCAAGAUGGAGAAAUAUCUUGGGAUCAAUUCUCCAAUCUUGUUCAACAGGCGCACAAGGAUCAUAUGGGUCAGCCUAAAGAGAGGAAAGUGAUCCAGGGACAGCCAAAGGUGGAGGACUAUUUUUAUGCUAAUCCGCAAGAGUGCCUAAAUCAUGGUCGUUAUCUAUAGAGCAAUCCAACAUGAAAAUUAUAGAAAUACACCUUGUCUUGGAGAGUAGCCUGCAUGUUUGCAGCCCUUGUAUAGUUAUCCUUUUAUUUUCUUUGGCUAGUUCUUCCCGUUUUUAUUCAAACAAAAGUUGAUAGUGGAUAUUCUUUCUGCUAGUUUUUCCUGUUUUCAUUAAUCAUGCGUUG